UAAACCUUAUCAAAAUCCUUAUCCCCAAAUUUCUCACACACAAAAACACUCAUAAACCCUAAUUUCCAUAUAAACCAUAAAUUUUACACACACCUAUAGUGUGUGUAUUUUUAUUGAAAUCCUAUUCGAUAUUUUUAAUGGAGUUGUCAAAAGAAGACACGUCAUCAACGUCUCCUAUCGCAGGCGCUGAUUCCGUUAACGGUUCCGUGGAUUCCGGUAAAGUUGUUAUUAAUAGUAAUUUGAAUUUGAAUUUGAAUUCUGAUGAUGAAUUUGCUAGUGGUGAAGAAGAAGCUUUUGAAACUAAUUAUAUAGAUACAGAUGAUAAGAAUGAUAAUUUAGAUACAGAUAGUAGUAAGAAUGAUAAGGAUAAUUUAGGUGGUGGAAAUGAAACCCUAGAAUCCCGUGUUUUGAGUCCGAAUGAUGAUGUCGAAAAGACGAAAGAUGAGGUGGAUAAGGUUAGUGAGGGUGUGGUGGUUGGUGUGGAGACAGGUGGAGAUGAUGAGGAUGAGGAUGAGGAGGUGUUGUUGGUUGGUGGUGGUGACGAUAACGAGACGGUUAAGGUAGAAUCGGUUGAGUUGGAAUCGGGUGGUGGGAGUGGGAGUGAAGUGCAGGUGGAGAGUAAAGAUGUUGAAUUGGAAUCGGGUGAUGAUGUGAAACUAGGGGAUGCGGUAGUGGAAGCGAUAGAUGUUGAUGUGGUAGAACCAGGAGUGGCAGUGGUUAAGAGUAAGGAGGAUGUUGAGACGGGUGAGGUGGAGGAAGGUAAGGAUGUUCAGAAGGUGGAAGAGGAUUCUGUUGUUGAAGCUAUAGAUGUUGAUUUGGGGAUACCGGGAAAGGCAGGGGUGGCGGUGGUGUUUAGUAAUAAGGAGGAAGAUGUGGUGGGUGGAACUGAUGAGUCGGGUUUAUCUGAGAAGAUAGACAGGGUUUUGGAAGAGGUUGUGGAUAAGGAGGUUGUGGGAGUGACAGAUGGGAAGUUUUCGUCUUUGGAUGUGGAGGAAUUGGUAGGGGUAGAUGUAGAGAAGAAUGUAGAGGGGGAAGUCGAAAAAGAAGUUGAUUACGAGGGCAGAGAAAAUGGGUCGGUGGUUGUGAAGACGGUUUUGGGUGAUGUUGAAGAUGUGCCUGUAGCUGAUGCAACUCAGGUGACUGAAGCUUUGGAGAAAUCUAUACCUGAUGGUAUAACCGAGGAAACAGAAGUUUUGGAUAAAUCUCCCCCUGAUGGUUCCACUGAGGCAAAACAAGUUUUAGAUGAAGAUGUAUCUGAUGAUGCAGAUGUGAAGGCAAAGCAUAUGGAUGCUGGUGAUGUUUCUGCAGGUGUAGACACGGAAAACGGUCCGGCUGACAAAUUUGUUUUGGAGGAAUCUGCAGAAAAGGAUGAUGAUAAUGAAGAAGGCUACAUGGAUGAUUCUCAUUCAGAUGAAGAAGAGACAGAUGGCGUAGUUUUUGGAAGCUCGGAAGCUGCCAAGCAGUUUAUGGAGGAGUUGGAAGGUGGGAGUUCCAAUACUGGUGGAGAGAGUUCGCAAGACCGUUCACAGAUGGUUGAUGGUCAGAUCGUUACUGAUUCUGACGAAGAAGAUGAUGAAGAAGAAGACGGUAAAGAAGAAUUAUUUGACUCAGCUGCUUUAGCUGCACUUUUGAAAGCAGCAGCCGAUGGUGGAUCAGAAGGUGGAAACAUUACGUUUUCAUCUCAAGAUGGUUCCAGGCUUUUCACUGUGGAACGCCCUGCAGGGUUGGGUUCUUCGUUCCAGGCCAUGAGAGCACCCCAAAGGCCCGCAACCCGUUCCAGUCUUUUCAAUCCAUCAAAUCUUAUGAGUGCCGGUGAAACUGAUACCAUUUUAACUGAUGAAGAAAGGAAAAAGCUUGAGAAGUUACAGUCCAUGAGGGUGAAGUUUUUAAGACUUGUGCACAAAUUAGGCCUUUCACCAGAGGACUCUGUGGCUGCACAGGUUCUGUACAGGCUAGCACUCAUUGCAGGUAGACAGACUGGUCAAUCUUUUAAUAUUGAUGCUGCAAAAAGGACAGCUAUGGAGCUUGAAGCCGCUGGCAGUGACUUGGACUUCUCCCUGAACAUUUUAGUCAUUGGUAAAGCUGGGGUUGGCAAAAGUGCAACCAUAAACUCUAUUUUUGGGGAAGAAAAAACCGUGAUCAGUGCUUUUCAGCCCGCUACCAAUUCAGUGAAGGAGAUACGUGGUGUGGUAAAUGGAGUUACAGUUCGGGUUUUUGAUUCACCUGGCCUUCGAACCUCUGUAAUGGAGCAAGGGUUUAACAGGAGUGUAUUGGCAUCAGCAAAGAAGUUCAUAAAGAAAUAUCCGGUAGAUAUUGUUCUUUACGUAGACCGUCUGGAUGCACAGACCCGAGAUCAUAACGACAUCCCUUUGUUGAAGACCAUAACCAGUUCACUGGGCGCGGCUAUCUGGCGAAAUGCAAUUGUUACUUUUACACAUAGCGCGUCUGCUCCUCCAGAGGGAUCAAAUGGAGUCCCUUUGAGUUAUGAGAUGUUUGUGACUCAACGUUCCCACGUGGUUCAACAAGCCAUUGGUCAAGCUGUUGGUGAUUUAAGAAUGAUGAGCCCAAGUUUGAUGAAUCCAGUGUCUCUUGUUGAAAACCAUCAGUCAUGUCGUAAGAAUCGAGAUGGUCAAAAGGUACUUCCCAAUGGUCAGACUUGGAGACCCCAGCUACUUAUGCUUUGCUACUCGAUUAAGAUUUUAUCAGAAGCAAAUUCUCUGACAAAACCACAAGACCCAUAUGACAACAAUCGUAGGCUAUUUGGCUUCCGUGUGCGCUCUCCACCUCUGCCAUACAUGUUAUCUUCAAUGUUACAGUCUCGUGCACACCCGAAGCUCUCGUCUGAACAGGGUGGCGAUGGUGGUGAUUCGGAUGUUGACUUGGCAGAUUUGACAGAUUCUGACCAGGAGGAAGAUGAAGAUGAGUAUGAUCAGCUCCCGCCUUUUAAACCUUUGAAAAAAUCUCAACUUGCAAAGCUUAGCAGAGAGCAAAAGAAAGCUUACUUUGAUGAAUACGAUUACCGUGUGAAGCUUCUACAGAAGAAACAAUGGAAAGAAGAAUUGAAAAGAAUGAAAGAGAUGAAAAAGAGAGGCAAAGAUGCUGUGAAUGAUCAAGUUUAUCAAGAGGAAGAAGGUGAAGGAGAUGCACCAGCACCUGUGGCGGUUCCUUUACCAGACAUGGCAUUACCACCGUCAUUCGAUAGCGAUAACCCUGCUUACCGAUUUCGAUUCUUGGAGCCUACUUCACAGUUCUUGGCUCGUCCUGUCCUUGAUACCCAUGGUUGGGACCAUGAUUGUGGAUAUGAUGGAGUCAAUCUUGAACAAACUAUCGCAAUUGCCAAUAAGUUUCCUGCUUCAGUUUCUGUCCAAGUCACCAAAGACAAGAAAGACUUCAGCAUUAAUUUGGAUUCUUCGGUUUCUGCAAAGCACGGGGAGAAUGUUUCUAGUAUGGCCGGUUUUGACAUUCAACCAAUUGGGAAGCAGCUUGCUUACAUUGUUAGAGGUGAAACCAAGUUCAAGAAUUUGAAGAAAAACAAGACUGCCGCAGGAAUAUCAGUCACGUUUCUUGGUGAAAAUGUGGUCACGGGAUUCAAAGUCGAGGAUCAGGUUGCACUCGGGAGACAAUACUCAAUCAUUGGGAGCGCUGGCACAGUUAAGUUUCAAUCUGAUUCUGCUUAUGGAGCCAACAUAGAGAUGCAGCGUCGGGAGCUCGAUUACCCAAUUGGCCAAGUCCAGUCAACAUUUGGAUUGUCUAUCAUAAAGUGGAGAGGUGAUUUGGCAUUGGGUUUCAAUAGUCUGGCCCAAUUCUCUGCUGGGCGUAAUUCAAAGGUGGCGGUUCGGGCCGGUAUCAACAAUAAGAUGAGUGGUCAGAUCACAAUCAAGACUAGCAGUUCAGAACAUCUUUCACUUGCACUUGCAGCAGUUAUUCCUUCACUUAUCUCAGCUUACAAGAAAUUGUGGCCUGGCACUGGUGAUAAGUACUCUGCCUAUUAAGCGUAUACACUCAAUCAGUACUUUAUGAUUAUUGUUUUGGUUUCAUUAUUGUGUUUUUAUCGAAUAAUAUGCUUAGUCUACUAUAUUCAGAAAGCAAGCAGCUGAAAACUUUUGUUUACGUAAUCAUUUUGUGUAAUGAACUCGGUAUGAAGAUGAGAUGAAAUUAUGACGGAAUAUAGUAAUUUUGCUUUUGAUUA